CAAAAAUCGAACAAGCCGCCAGAUCCGAUGCGAGUGCAAGCUGCGGUGGCGCUGCUGGCAGGCGCUGCGGCCGCGUGUCCGUACGCAGCUCUCUUGCCGCCCGACGUCUCGAGCGUCGUCGUCGCGUGCCCGGCCAAUGCUACGCUGUGCACAGUGGAUCGCGCCUGCGGGGCUAUAGCACCGUGCAGCCCGCUGCCAGGCGUCUUGGAUCUUCGCUGCAGUGGCAGCCCAGCCUUGGGCGAUCUGUCCGCCACCAACGUCAGCGAUCUCUCGGUCAUGGGCACGAAGCUCAACCUAGAGGCCCUCGUGCUGCCGGCUCUCGCCUCCUUCACUGUCCAGAACUGCAGCAUCGAACGCAUGCCCAGUGCGCUACAGUGGCCAACUUCUCUCUUGACCAUGGACCUUGCAAACACCUCGUUGCAGUCCAUUCCAGCCGGCUUGCCGCACCGGCUACGCGAUCUGCGACUGGAUGACAACGACUUGUCUCGCAGCACAACAAGCUUGGAUUCGCUUCCGACGUCGCUGCGGCGCCUGUAG